AUGCCACCACUAAGUGACAUCACUCUACUCUGUACUUUCGGAGCCAAAAGGGUGGCCGAGUUCCAUUUUCUCUGUCGCUCUGAUUUCACCAUAGGAGCGUCAACCUAUGUAGUGGGGGAAGGUCAAGAUGAGGCAACAAGAGCUAGAUAUGAAAGGUUGGUGCUUGGAGAGAGACUCGUUGUGAGCGAAGGUGUUAUGAAAGAGGUGUUUGGGGAGGAGGAGAUGGCAAUACUCCACCGUGUUGCGCUUGAGAUGGCUUACGCUGAUAGGAUUCUGGGUCGUGGAAGCAAUGAAGGUGUGGUACGAAGAAUGGAGAUUAUCCAGCUUGACGACGAUGCAGAGAUGGCUGAUGUCAGUCAGGCCGUUGCGUCUUCUGAAGGUACUGUGGCCGAGAACAGAGGGACUAUUGUUACAGUCGAGUCCCAACAACUCACUCCAACUCCUGCUUCUGAAGCACCUUCUGUUGUUUGGGAUGUUGGGCUUGACUUGUUCGACUAUCCAGAGAUGUAUAACUCCGAAUUGGGACGUCGUAAGCUAGCUGAGGACGCUGCAUUUUGGGAGGCUGUCAUUCAAGCAAAUCUCGAGGAUGAUGAGGAGGUAAUGUACAUAGCCAGCCAUAAUGAAAUCCGUGUGGGUUUGGCAUCAGAGGGGAGAAGGCAGGAAGGAAAUGGGGAGGGGUCCUCAUCAUCUGCAAAUGUCAUAUGCAGCCCUCUGGUAGGAGCAGAUGUGACCACCAAAGAGAAGGAGGUUGGCAGCAAUGAUAAUGGAGUGACGGAAGUUAUUGAACUUGAUGCGGAUGAGGGAGGCAACAGUAACAUGCCAGCUGUCACAGUAACCGUGGCCGGAGCCUCAGCAUCAACUGAUGGUCAAAAAGAGGCAGGUCAUAAGUCAGGCAAUACAUCCUCAGAGGGCAGCGACAACGACGGUGGGUCUUGA